UCGGACAAAGACAGUCAGGAAAAAAUACCGUAGUUGCCAUAUCAUCUUCCAAACAACAGCGGGAAAUCUAUAUCUGUGAGAGAUGAGGGGUGAAAACUGGCUUGUUUUCAUGUUAGUGCUGUUCAUCUUCGAGAUAUUUUGCCUUCAUAUUAUGGGAAAUGAUAUAUAUUCCAUGUCCAACAUUCCUCAGCCAUCUGCAGAAUUCCCCAUUGUACUCUUUAAUGAACUAGAUUAUCAAACUUCCUCUCAAAAUGAUUACACUCGGCUUAAAGAAGAAGAAUACCAUGUAUGGGGUCAAACAGUUGGGGAUGAGAAAAGAGAAUUCCGCUAUCGAUCAGUAAUAGUGAUGCCAGGAAGAACACUCACAUUUAAAGCUGGCUUUCUGAGUGGAAACAAAUUUACAUCCUCCAUCUAUAACAUCACAAACAUUUCAAAUAUCCACCUGUGGAUGUUUGAUAACCAAGAUGUCGGUGGCUCCUCCGGGAUCUGGUACACACAGUGGCCUCACUGGGAGAUGAACUUUGCCCUUAAGUUAGAGCCAUGUCCUAACUGUUCACGUCCAGACUGUGGCAGCAAAACCUGCUAUUUUGGUACAUGUGGAAUAAGUGGAGAAUGUCAGUGCAUUACUGGCUAUUCAGGAGAAAACUGUACUACAAGACCUACUGAUCUUGAGAAGUUUCCAUCGAUUCAAUACCCUCUUAUCUUGUUUCCUGGAACGUAUUUUCAAGGAGCACCGAAGAAAGUUGAACCAGAUGCUUUUGAAGUUUUUGCCCAAAACAGCCAGAGUAAGUUGUUAUAUACUUAUCAGUCCAUGCGAAUUCUGUUCCAAAGGAAGAUUACUUUCUCUCGUGUGGACCACAAUGCUGAGGUGGAACUUCCUAUUGGACGAGACAUUGAAGAUAUUCCAUUGUUCAUGAUUAUGAAUGAAGACGUAGGAGAUGAGCUGUGGAUUAACUAUUCACCAGCAAUAGAACUAAGCUUUGCUGUUAAAGUUGAAGACAAUCCUGCUUGUACUAAUUGCAGUAAUGUUGGUGGUAGUUGCUUUAAUGGAAGCUGUGUCUGCCUCCCAGGAUAUGGAGGAGAAAACUGUGAUAGCUAGUGCAGUAUGAUUAGUGUGUUCUGAUGGGCCUCUAACUUUUCAGUCCACUAUGUAUUGUACACUUUGGUUGCCAGUAAUGAAAUGUUGUCACCCAUUGUUUCAACAACCCAAACCAGGAUAGUUAUUAGAGUCACUUGCACUCUCUGCUUAUGACUCCAAUACAGUCACAACCACUGAUAACAGUCCUUUUCAAGGCAAUCUUAACCUCUAACCCUGGUGAUGAAACUUGAGGGUCCAUUGUUACUCCUGUGUGGAAACCCUUAGUUGUAUCUAUAGUUUCAGUUUCAUGUACCAAACCAGCACUAUAUACCUCAAGUAUAACAAAACAUUGAACCAUAACCAUUGAAUUACCAUUGUGUAUAAUGAUUUUUUAUUUAUUGCUAUUUAUUUGAUGAUUGAUUUGUAUUUAAUAGUUUUUUUCUCUUUUUUAUACUCCUGAAGCAUGGGUUAUUUUUUUAGCUUUAUUUCCACAGCUUCUUCACUUUUGUAUGUAAGAGCUCUGAUCUUUUAUUUUAUGAGAUCCUUUUUCUCAGCUUAUUUGAAAGUUCUGUUUCUUAAGUGGUUGUAGUGAUAAAAUUUGAAAAUUAGUUAGUGCAAGUUCAAUGGUACAUAAUUUUUGAUAUUUUGCUUUGAAAAUGCACUGUUUU